GUUUCUGUCCUCCCUCAGAACGUUUAAAACCAAACCCGUCCUCAAAAACUUCUCCUCUCAUCUCUCUCUCUCUCUCGCUGAAAACCUGUCGCUGAAAAGAAGAAGAGAAAAACCCAUUCUUGGAACUCUUCUUCUUCUUCUUCUUCUUGUACACUCAUUCCCUCCUUUCUUUUUUGGCUGAAACAAUAAUAAGAAAAUAAACAAAUGGCAACUGUUAAUGGGUACCAGGGAAACACCCCAGUGGCCACCAGCACUGGAACAAAGCAGCCUGCCCCCACUGCUAAGACUGUUGAUUCUCAGUCAGUUCUUAAAAGGUUGCAGUCUGAACUGAUGGCUUUGAUGAUGAGUGGAGAUUCUGGCAUAUCAGCGUUUCCUGAAGAGGACAACAUAUUUUGCUGGAAAGGAACAAUUACAGGAAGCAAAGACACUGUAUUUGAAGGAACAGAAUACAGGCUAUCUCUUGCAUUCCCCAAUGAUUACCCUUUUAAGCCUCCAAAGGUCAAGUUUGAGACUGGCUGCUUUCAUCCCAAUGUUGAUGUCUAUGGCAACAUUUGCUUGGACAUUCUUCAGGAUAAAUGGUCAUCUGCUUAUGAUGUAAGAACCAUACUGCUAUCUAUCCAGAGUCUGCUUGGAGAACCAAACAUUAGCUCUCCUUUAAACACUCAAGCAGCACAACUUUGGAGCAAUCAAGAAGAAUAUAGGAAGAUGGUUGAGAAGUUGUACAAAGCUCCUAAUGCAUGAUUUGAGAAAUCAAGGAAUAGAGGAGUUUGUCUUGGAGAAAUGAGAACAUGAAAUUUGUCUUUUAUUUCAUUACAGUGCUUCAUUCUUUUCUGAUUGAUGAAUGGUUUCACUUUGACUUCUGAAUAUAAUAAAUCUCUUAUCUCUAA